GAUGACUUUGAAUCUACAUAUGGCCCUUCCGUCUGUGGCAGAAAGUUGGGCACCGUAAAUGGUCCUCGUGCGCUCUAUUCAUCCUCCUUACGGACUGAGCCUUAGCUUCUUGGCGUGUCUUCUUUUCUCGCGGAACGCUUUUUGUCUGUCGCGAAAACCCAGUUUCCGACUUCUACCACACGGAAACUUCAUCAGUUCGACGGCCAUACGCCACUUGCUCCGUCACAUCCGACAACCUCCAACUAUAACCUAUAUAGGCGCUCUCCUGUCUCAGAGCCGCAAUCUAACUAGGAUCUACGCCAUGUCCGUCCCUCUGGAAGGUCUCGCUCUCUAUGACAUGGAUGAACGCGUCCACCGCGCCCGUGUCAUGGCCGAAUACCGCAGACAGGCGCUUGAAGAGCUGAAACACAUCCAAAUUUUCCAGAAGCAGCAUCCCCUCCAUCAAAACGCCGAAACCGAGGGAGAACCGGCGAGACCAACAACUCCUAAGACCCCCGCAACGAUUCAAGCCCCCGAAGCUGGCACGGAGAAGCGCGUGGGAAAGGGUGUCACAGACAAGCCCCUCAAGCGUGUAGCCGCCCGUGCGACACCGAAUAAAACCACACAGACACCGCGGAAGCCCGGAAAGAAGAUUAAGGGGAUGUUCACAUGGACGCCGAAGAAGAAGACUCAGGAAGACAUCUCCGACAUCCGCCGCGCCAUGGGCCCAGAGAGCUACACUCCCCUCACACCCGGUCGCCCACGCACCACAGAUCCCAGUGCCGGAGGGCAACUUCCUGGGGAGGACAGCUGGGAGUGGUAUCAGCGGAACAUGACCGCGCUCCCGCCGAUGGCGUCGCUGCCACCUGUGCCGGCGCUUCCUUGCCCGAGAUCGACGAAGCAUGACGUUGUGCAUCCAUCGCUCAGAAAGGAUCCUGCGGAGGAAGACUAG